ACCAAACUUUAAUACAAACGGGACCGGAGGGACAAUUUGGCCAUGUCGUUGAGCACUGUGCCAUUUUGAAUUCGAAUGCUUCGGGUGGAUCUAUCCGUAGUUUGCGGGAAGCGGGAAGACAUAAGAACAUGUUGUUAACGUUUCUAGGGUUCCUUCUUUCGAGAGAACGAAUACAUUGAUCGUCAGGAGUUGCCAAUAGGCCAAAUUCUACAAAGAGCCAUGUGGAAAUGUGCAAGAUAUUAAUGGGACUAUAGCCAAAUCAAAUCCAUUGAAAAAACAAGAUCAUUGUCGGCCCCACCACCAGUUUUCAGGUGCAAACUGUUUCGAAUGGGAGAAGAUUGACAGGGGACUGAAAACAACGUCGAUAUCUCAAAUAAAGAGAUAUUCUUGACCACUUCCAUCAUCCCAGACUUGAAAAGCAUGAUCUCUGUAGGUACACUAGAUACACUUUUGGCCACUUGAAUCUGAAAACGUCUAGUGGAGAAGGUCCAGGUGCAGCUUCAAUGAGUUGUGGUAAUGUGCCAACUCAUUGCCAGAGUAACCAUGGAACAAACAAUAUGGCUUCCCAUCGUGAGAAUGCCAGCAUCUUCAAUGAGGGAAGCAGAGCAGCAAAGAAGAAAAGAGAAUCAAGACUAAAGGGUGGAGGACUGCGCCAGUUCAGUAAUAUUGUUUGUCAGAAGUUGGAGAGCAAGGUUAGAACAACAUAUAAUGAGGUCGCAGAUGAAAUCGUUGCAGAGUUUUCCGGAGCACGUGGUGAUGCGGCAGCAUCGUCAGAGUCUGAUGAGAAGAACAUAAGACGACGGGUGUAUGAUGCAUUAAAUGUUCUUCUGGCACUGGAUAUUAUUGCCGGAGACAAAAAGGAAAUCCAUUGGAAGGGACUACCAAAUACACGAAUAAAGGAUUUGGAAGAGAUUAAGGCAUUGCGACUUCGGCUGGUGAAUAAGAUUGGAAAGAAAGUGGCCUACUUGAAAGGUCUAGAAGAAAAGAUUGUAGGUCUCCAAGAUUUGCUGACGCGCAAUUGUCAGUUACUCAAGUGUGGAAGUGCAUCUCCAGAAGGAUUUUCUUUGCCAUUUAUUCUGGUUCAGACAAGCCCUCAUGCUACUGUUGAGAUAGAGAUUUCUGAAGACAUGCAAUUGGUUCACUUUGACUUCAAUAGCACACCUUUCUCAUUGCAUGAUGAUGCUUAUAUUCUGGAGUUGAUGAGAUACAACCAACAGCCAGAAAGUAUAGAUGCUUCUCAAAGUUUUUCGGCUCACUCUUCUUCAAGCUCAGUCACACCUCGAGGCACCAAACCGUUUCAUUGGAACUCUGAAACACAUCUCAAAUGAAUUUAUUAUACUUGGAAAUAUAAGUACAUUUGCUGUCCAGAAGAAAAAAAAAGAAGGGAAUCUACCAAUGUGUAUAUAUUCCUUAAAACGUUUUGGAGAUUUCAGCAUCAGUCGGCGUUAAAACGUUAGUGCUAAUUGUAAGAUUAGUCUCUUGAGUUCACACUUUAAAAGUAAAAAGCUUCAAGGAUUU